UGGUUUGCCAGUACGUCUGUUUCCGUUUUCUUUGUGGACUGAAUAAACCUCACUGUGAGUGAGCUUUAACGUUUAAAAGGUAAAAAAAAGAACUUCAGAGAGUAUUCUGAAGCAGACACAUCCAGACGUGAUAAACUCUACGUGCUGGACAGAGGUGAAGCUAAAUCAAAAGACAAACUUCUUUUAUUUUAAGGUCACACCUGGGAGGUAAAAUAAAUAAGUUUAUGGGAGCAUUAACAUUCUUGUCUUCUACUUUUACAUUAGUUCAGUCAAUAUUGUGCAAUGAAUCGACUUGACCUGCAUUUUAAAUGCUCUGUGCUAUUCAGAUGUCCUUCUGCGUCACUGAGAACAUAAGAAAUGACUUUUUCUUUGUUUUCCUCUAAGAUUUAUCGUCGCUGACAGACUUGAUUAAUAUUUUAGAGGGAGGAUAUUGUAAUCCCAACGCAGACAUGGACGUAACAAGAGGAGGAGUGGGGUGCCAAAACAAUCUGAUCAGUCUCAUCUGCUCUUAAGCUUGAAUAUGAAGUUGCUACACAUGUUAUAUUAUCAAUAAACUCUAAAAACUUUUGUUUUGCUUUAUCAGUGCUUCCUGCAGGUUGACUGGGUCUCCUGCCAUCCAAGCUCUGGUGCAGUGCACAUUUCAUUUCCGACCCCUGCUCAGUUUUCCUGAAACUGGACGCCGGGGCUGAUGAAUAAAACAUCCUUUGUAUGGUGCUGGCUGAUCACCGGAGCUCUUUCAGCUGUAUAAGUGGUGAAAGGCGACAUAAUCUUCCUCAGAACAAGAUCUGGACUGAGAUUGAGAGAGAGAGAGAGAGACACACACACACAGACAUGGAAAGGACCACAAAAAGCCUUUGGGGAGCAGCAUGUUAAAUCCACAGCAGCACGCUGAGCUUCUCCUGCGUGACACGCUGCCGGUGUUUGGGAAGCCGUGGUUCUGGCAGCGCAGCAGCAGCACCAUGGAGAGCACCCGCAGCCUGGCGCAGGUCAUCAUGGAGAUGCGCGAUGACAUCAAGAAGCUGGAGGUGGAGAACCAAGAGCUGAGGGGGGACUACGGUCCGAGGACGUUUGGGGCCAAGUCAGGGGAGGAGAGCCGGGUGUCUUCGGCACUUGAGAACCCCUAUAUGAACCUGAGACGAAACGUGUCUGCACCGGUCCUGGAGGGACAAUACAAGGAGAACACUGUCAUGACGGUCCGGCGGUACUCCAUAAGCUCCAACCUGUCUGGGGUGACACUGAGAGAGGGGAGGACCGACAGGGUGCGGCGGGUGGAGAAUGGAUGGAGAAGGCUACAAGAACAGAUCCAGCACGGGAACGGCGUCUUUGGUAACCCAGUGAGAGAAGUGGGAAAAGCGACCAACAGACACUCCCUGCAGGAAUAUGUCCACAAAAACAGGGCAAAGGUAAAAACUGUCACCUUCCUUCUACCCGUGGACGACAUCUACACCAACCGUCCAGUUCUGACCAAACACCAAGAGGAGCCUAAAGUCUCAGAGCUGGCCUCCAUAAUGGAGACAGAUUCUUGAAUGUACUUUGUGGCCCAUGGGACAAAGUGCAGACAUGAACUAACCCUCUCCAUCUAGGUCAGUGUCGACUGACUGGGUUCUUGAUGAGCGAGCCGGCCGGACGAUUUUAUCACACCUGACCACACAGACAGAAGACUCUGGUUACAGGGGUUGUUUUCAUCAGGCCAUGGCGAUCGCCGCGGGGCCAACGAUGAUGAGACACGGGGCCCUCUGCAGCGAGGAUCAGGUGUCCGGCCUCCUCUUCCCCACCCGGGGGUGUCGCUUUGGAGUGAGACACACACCUGCAGGUGACAGCCCUUUUACAGACUGUUGUGGUGACUCAGGCCUCGUGAGCAGCAUCAGACUCAUGGUUUAUUCAUCCUUGUUUCUUUUCGUGUUGAAAACUGAAAUGGGUUGUCAAGGGGCCACCUGCGCAUUGAAACACGUGACCUGUUUCUUGUCAGUGUUCAUAAAGAGUGUAUUUAUUUAUUUUUAGUCCAAAUAGUAUUUUCUCUCCCAAACAGAAGGCUCCCUGUAAAUAAACACAAUAAUGUAAUGUUUGGCCUAUAUAAAAAGUAGUCAUUGUAAACUAUUACCUGUAACAUAAAUAAUGUUUUCUCUGCUAGGGAGGGUUUGUUUAUUGGUUUGUUUGUUUGCUAAAUACUUUUUACAAGUUAUUGGGAGUCAGUAACUUACAGAAUAAAUGGAUUUGAUAGAAAAUACAAACAUGUUUAAUCAAAAUACAGAUACUGUUUUUCCAAUGUGAUCCAAAGUGUCACAUGUAUACUGACAAAGGGAAACUUUGACAAUGCAGAGAAACCAUGUUAUCUUCUGAUAAAUAGUCUAAGGACACAUAGUGGGAGGAGUUUUACAAUGAUCAGUAUUAAAGGCUCUUUUCAUUGUUUAGAAAAGGACGUGUUCUUCUUUUUGACAUGUAGAGCUUGUAAUACAGAACAUUAAUUUAACUCAUAUCAUUUAAUCCAGAUGAUAGCGUUUCGUCUCUGAGUGAAAGGGAUUUCCAGUUUUACUUCCGGCCACAUUGGACUGAACAGCAACAGCUGCUGGUCACUGAGUAACCAGGAAAGCCUCAUGCUUCUUCUUCCAAGUUCUCUCCAGCUCCUCCAGCUGGUUGACAACUUCCAUUGUUAUCUCACAGUUGAAGAAAUCUUCUGCAACAGUUCCAAUUAUUCCUGUAGAAGAGUGUUUUCACUUGGAGGCAAAAGGAGAAGAUUAAAAUGGUGUUUUUGUUUACCAGGAACAAUGCGGCAUAUUCCUCUGCAGUGUGAAUAAUAGUGGAGGAGCAUGGUGCCGUCAGGGUUCCUCUCCACCCAAACCGAGGCCGUAUUCAUCUCCCUGCAUGAAUCAAAGAGUGAAUCAAUGUUUACAGCAGACAUCAAACCAGAAUAAAAAGGAUGUAGGCCUUCAGAAGACAGGAUGAGUAGGGGGCAGGCAGCUUUUAGGAGAAGGCGAUGUAGCUAUGAAGUGAAUCCAAAGUCUCAGUGAAUUCAAUCAAAUGUCCUCCCAAAGUCUGCAGCAUGUGAUCAGAGCCUGAGCGUUUGCAAAACUCAAAGAAAUAUUCUCAAAACUGCCUCAAGACUUGGUCUGGCUUUGCUCCUGAGAAGGAAAAAGAGAACAAAGCAGAGCUGUAUGUUCAAGCAGAAGUAUUCAUUGAUUUCUUUUUCACUUAAAACUGAUUUCAAAUGCUUCUAAUUUUAGACUGCAUAUUGAAAUGACACACGAGCAGUUUGCCUGAAAGCUUACAGGCUUCUGCUCCUGACCGCAUGGUGAUUUCAUCUGCAUGAGCUCAAUAGGAAUCCUGGACUCCAGCUUCAUCUCUAACAUGAUGGUGAGGAUUAUGUUUUAUUAGGGCCCGAGCACUGACAGGAACUGACAGACGUGAGGCCCGAUUGAAAUUGUAAGGAUUAUUAUUAUUAAUAUUAUUAUUUUUCAUUCUAAUUGGAAUUCGUUGACUAUGAGUAGGUUGUGACACAGGUCUCAAGUCCGUGCCACAGAGAGAGACAACUCGUCCACACACACUUAUUUAAUGUUCAGUGAAUUGUUAUCACUUAUCAGGAAUAAUUGCUGUGGGUUUGUGAAAUUGAACAAAAUCCCACUCCAUAUAAUUAAAGAAAACACAGUGAGCACACAAUAACGGGAAGAGGCCAGGAGAGCGUAAAGGCAUGGAUACAACCAAAGGCAACCACAGCCUAUCGUGUUCUUUCUCUGUCUGAGGCUCUGCUUCCAGUCCAACUUGUGGAGUUCUUUUCUGGUUUCAAAUGUAUUUUUCAAUUGAUUACAAGAAAUAUUGAGAUUUAUAAUCUGUAAUUAUUGAGUACAUUUUUUAAUCAAUGGGUGAGACAGCUUAGUUUACUCAUUUUGUUGUGAUGUGAAAUUAAGUUACUGGAAUUAAUGCAACACUGAGACCCCUUAUACCCCGAGUCAUCAGUCUGCGUUGCUACAUGUAUAGAGUAUGACAUUAUAUUACAACAUCUGUAUGAAGCUUGUAAUAUUAUACUUUCAACUCAAAGACAUUGAUUUUACUUUGGGGGGCAUUAGUAAUUGAUUGUCCAUAUAAAUAUGCUCAUUGGGAUGGUGUUAUUUUACUGCUGGUAAAUAAAAAAUUUACAAUACAUUUUGAAAAUAUUUAUUUAAUGAUAUAAUAUUUUUUGUAUGGAAAUUUAAUUAGGUUCAACUAAUAAGAUUAUAAUAAUCAUAAUAUCUAAUGGAGUUAUCAGUUAAAACUUUACUUAGGAAAUAAUUUUCAGUUCUGAUCGAGGUAAUAAUUAACCAUAUCUUUAUGACUUAGGUUGUAGUUUGAAGUGUUGUUGAACUAAGGUCUUAUAUUUCGUUUUUAUUUACAUUGAAUAUAUUGGUUU